AUGGGAGGCAGCACUGAUAAUGAGACGUCGUUCGCUCGGAUCCCAAACAAUACCAAGGCAGCCUGGUGGAAAGACCCGGGAUUGCGGAUCAACGUAUUGCACUGUAUGGGAUGCUGUCUCUGCCCUUUCUACCUAGGAUAUGACCAAACCCUCCUGGCAGGUGUCCAAGCUAUCCCCGCCUGGGGCCAGUACUUUGGCUCGCCCAAUUCCAGCCUCCUAGGUAUCAUCACCGCCUCGCUCUUCUUACCCGCCAUCGUCUUCUCUUUUGUCGGCGACUUUCUCUGCCAGCGAUUCGGUCGGAAGAUUACCAUCUACAUUGGCUCAAUGUUGAUCAUUGGAGGUGGACUCUUUAACGGUCUUUCGCGAGAUGUCGGACAGUUUAUCGCUUCUCGCGUCAUUGUCGGGAUUGGAGGAGGUAUCACCAAGGUCGCCGCGCCCGCAUUGCUGCAUGAAAUUGCCCACCCGCGGCUGAGGGCUACCUUUGGUACCAUCUACUACGGUUUCUACCAUCUCGGCGGAACCAUCUCCGCUAUCAUGUGCAUCGCCGGCCUUUUCGUUCCCAACGUCGAGUGGCGCUGGCGUAUGCCGUGCUUGCUCCAAGUCAUGGGUCCCUCUAUUGUCUUUGCCAUCCUGAUCUUUGCACCCGAGUCGCCUCGAUGGCUCGCUAGCAAGGGCCGCACGGAGCAAGCCCGCGCUGUCCUCGUCAAGCACCAUGCGAACGGGGAUGAUGAGGACCCGCUCGUCGAGUGGCAGUUUGGGGAGAUCAUGUCGACGCUGCAGCAGGAGCAGGACAAGAACAAGUCGCGAUACAUCGACUUCUUCAAGACGCCUGGGAACAGGAAGCGGCUCUGGGUGACUGUCGUCCUCGGCAUGGGAUCCAACUGGGUCGGAAACGGUAUUCUGGGAUACUACCUCGCUCCCGUCCUGCGCACUGUCGGCAUCACCGACCCCCUCACUAUCACCGCCAUCAACGCCGCUCUUGCCGCUUGGAACAUGAUUUGCUCCCUCGGUCUCGGAUCCCAGUCUGAGCGUAUCGGCCGUCGACCCAUGUGGAUCAUCUCGAACGCGGGCAUGGGCAUUGGGUUCUGCUUCAUUAUGGGCUUUGCGGCUGGGUUCGCCAAUACGGGGAACCAGGCACUGGGGAUUGCGGUCAUUCCGUUCAUCUUCAUCGUCUAUGGCUUCUAUGAUCUUGCCUGGAUUUGCCUCAACUACACCUACGUCGCAGAGUUCUUGCCGUACAACUUGCGAACCAAGGGUCUGGCGAUCUACAUCACCUUCAACAACCUGUCGAACGCGUUCAACCAGCUGAUUCUUCCGUUCGUGAACCCGAUCGCUCUCAGCGCGAUUUCCUGGCGAUACUACGCCGUCUACAUCGCUAUCGACUUCGUCAUCGCUGUCAUCGCCUAUCUACACUUCCCGGAAACCCGUCGUUUGACGAUCGAGGAGAUAAGUCUGAUGUUUGAUUAUGGUACGAAGGAAGGACGUCAGAUGGCUCUUCAGCAUAUCGAGCACUCGCACGAGCCGAGAAUGGGCAAGGAUAUGGAGGAUGGGGAUGGGAUGGACAAGGGGAAGCCGGGCGCGGUACAUCUGGAGGACUCCAGGGCGAGGUGA